AUGCUCUCUUUGUCUCUUGUUGCUUUGGCUCUCCUCGCUGCCGUGAAGGCCGACUCCUGGGGUCCGGCAUACUCCUUGGGCCCUACGAGCUCUGCUAUCAUUGAGGCGUCCACGACCUUCACGCCCGGAGCUCCCCCAAUCACCCCUAAGGACGCUCUUUUCUUGUGGAUAGGCAUAAGCAACUCGACCAGCGGUCUGAUCCAGGCUGGUGUGGACCAACUCGCCGACAACAACGCCUACUGUGGCGCCUCGUCUACUCAGUGGUGUGCUACAGCCAGUUACUUCGGUGUUGUAAACGGCGCUACUACUCAGUUGAACGGCGACUUGACUCCUCUUGACGGCGAUCAAUCUAUCACCAUCCAUUACAAGGCCGAUGACAACCUGACUUGGGACCAGGUUAUCUCAACCCUUCAAAGCUAUGACGGCCCUCUUUUGAACGGUGGCUUCGGAACCGGAACUGAAUGCCAAUCUGAUUGCACCGGCUCUACCUCCGUCCAGAAAUACACGAACACCACAAUCGUCCUUCAAUCGGCGGACCCUAGCUUCUCUUCGACUCUGGGCAAAGGAACGGGCGUUGUAGCUUCCGACAUGGUGACCGCCGACGGUGGGAAGACCUGGACCAUUGCCAGCAUCCAGAUCCCAGCCAUGGUUUGA